UAGCUUUAUGUGAAACUGCCUCAAUCCUCAUGGCAGGACUCAGACAUGUUCUUCAAUUUAAAACCGAGGUUGAUGGAGGUCUCAACAGAGACCCGAAUGCAGCAGAUGGCGGGUCGCGGAUUGGUAGUCUUCCCACUACCCUUGCAAGGCCACAUAAACCCCAUGCUUCAGCUAGCAAACAUCCUCCACUCCAGAGGUUUCAAUAUCACUGUAAUUCACACCCAAUACAACUCUCUCAAUCCUUCCAAAUACCCACACUUCACCUUCCGCCCCAUUUCCGAUGGCUUGCUGGAAACCCCGCCUUCCACAGAACGUGGCAGAGAUUUGUUAACACUCCUCAACGUCAACUGCGUGGCCCCCUUUCGUGAUUGCUUGGUUCAGUUGUUGUCUAGUGUUUCGGAGGAGCCCAUUGCUUGCUUAAUCACAGAUGCUAUCUGGCACUUCACUCAAGCUGUUGCUGAUGGCCUUAAGCUCCCUAGGCUCGUGUUACAUAGCGGUAAUAUUUCCUUUCUUGCUUUUGCUGCCCAUCCGUUUCUGAGGGAGAAGGGUUUCCUCCCAAAGCAAGAGACAAUAGGAUUACACAGAAUAAUUCAUAUUCACCUAGUGAUCUUCUCAGAUUCACAAACAGAAGAACCAGUUGAAGCGCUUCCUCCACUAAAAAUUAAAGACUUUCCGACGAUGGACAUAGCAAACCCAGAGGAUGAUUUAUAUAUGCUAAUAGAUGGCAUGGUAAAAGCAAACAAGGGUUCUUCCGGAUUCAUUUGGAACUCCUUCGAAGAACUUGAACAACCAGCACUGGCCACACUUCGCGGACGUUCUAUCGUCCCACUCUUCCCUAUAGGCCCAUUUCAUAAAUACUUUCCAGCCUCCUCAAGUAGCUUAUUAGCACAAGACCCAAGCUCCAUUUCUUGGUUAGACACACAAUCACCCAAGUCAGUAAUAUAUGUGAGCUUUGGGAGUCUUGCAACAUUUGAUGAAACUGAAUUCUUGGAGAUGGCUUGGGGACUAGCCAACAGCAUGCAGCCGUUUUUGUGGGUGGUUCGACCAGGACUAAUACGUGGCUCAGAAUGGCUUGAACCACUGCGAAAUGGGUUCCUGGAGGCUGUGAGUGGAAGGGGACAUAUUGUGAAAUGGGCUCCCCAACAAGAAGUGCUGGCUCAUCCGGCCACAGGAGGCUUUUGGACUCACAGCGGAUGGAAUUCAACGUUGGAGAGCAUUUGUGAAGGAGUUCCGAUGAUCUGUUCCCCUCGUUCCAAUGACCAAAUGGUGAGUGCAAGAUAUGCAAGCGAUGUUUGGAGAGUCGGGGUGCAAUUGGAGAAUGGGUUGGAAAGAGUUGAUGUGGAAAGAGCAAUCAGAAAACUAAUGGAGAGCGAAGGGGAAGAGAUGAGAGAGAGAAUAAUGUGUUUGAAGGAAAAGGCAGAUCUUUGUCUAAGGGAAGGUGGCUCUUCAUACCAAUCCCUAGAGAGCUUGGUUAAUUACAUAUUUUCAUUCUAAUCUUAUUCACAUUUGUUUGAUUAAUCCAUUGUGCUUUUAUAACAUUGUACUCGGAAGCCAACUGGCUCGCUAUCUAUGAAUAAAGGAGGCAGUUUUCUUUA